AGGCUUUGUCUCCCGUUUUCCUACCUCAUCAUACACACACACACACACACUCUGUCUCUCUCUCUCUCUCUCUCCAUUCACAGCGCCAUGGCGGAGGAGGGGGAUAAGUUCGGUGGCGGAGCGGUAACGCCGGCCCCGCCGGCGGCCGCGGCCCCGCAGGCCUCGCCCAAGAUCAUCUUGAAGAAUAUCGACAUGAGCGAGAAGAUGCGCAACGACGCGAUCGACUGCGCCCGCGCCGCGUUCGAGAAGCACAGGUUGGAGAAGGACAUAGCUGAGUACAUCAAGAAGGAGUUCGAUAUGAAGUACGGACAGACUUGGCACUGCAUUGUGGGUCGCAACUUCGGGUCGUAUGUAACACACGAGACCAAUCAUUUCCUUUAUUUUUAUGUGGAUUCGAAGGCGGUACUGCUAUUCAAAUCUGGUUGAACAUAGCACUGAUGCUUGCUGCUAAUCGAUACAUUUAGUUCAACUAAGCAUGUUCUCAGCUUAUUAUUGAAACCAGUCUUCUUUCCAAUUAUCUAAACUACGUCUACAUCUCUCUUCCUUAAGCUGCUAGUUGUGUACCUUUUAGCUUUAACCAGUUACAAAUAUGUAUAUUAGUCAUGUGUACUACUGAACUAUCUCCUAAAUUUUCAUUCCAGGUAUCGUCGAAGGUUAACAAUAUCUGUAUCUCGAUCAACUUCAGUAGAAUCCUGUAUCAUGUGCUUAUAGUUGUCAUCAUUAUUAAGCCGUGUUAAUGUAUUAGUCAA